AGAGCGACGCGAUCACAUUUUGAACGCGAAACCCAAGCCAGAUGUGGACUUCGUCACCCGCCCCGAGGCAGGUUCCCAGUUCGGCGUCCGGUCGCUGCCCGAGUUCCGCUGAAUCCGUUGCUGUUCCCGGGACCACUAGCGACACGGCUGAACCAUGAGGCUGGUGGGGAAGCCGCUCGCCUCGCUCCGGGUCCUCCUGCCCGACCGUCUCGGCUCGCUGCUCGCCCGGUGCUGCUGCACCGGCGACAUUUCGGCGUUUAUGCCCGAGGCGACGGCUUUCGCCGGGGUCCGGGACUACCCGGCUCUGCGGCAAUUCUCCUUGCAACAGGCCGAACGGUUCUGGGGGGCGCUGGCCAGGGACCGGCUGUCCUGGAUCAGCCCCUUCCACACGGUGAGCGACUGUGACCUGUCCCGCGGCAAGAUCCGAUGGUUCGAGGGCGGGCAGCUCAAUGUCUCGGUGAAUUGCAUUGACCGUCAUGUCCACACAUCUCCAGAUAAAGUGGCUUUAAUCUGGGAGCGGGAUGAGCCUGGAACUGAAGUGAGAGUCACCUACAGGCAGUUGCUGGAGUUGACUUGCCGUGUGGCCAACACCCUGAAAAGGCAAGGCAUCCGGAAAGGUGAUCGGGUGACCAUCUACAUGCCAACCUCGCCAGUCGCCGUGGCCUCCAUGUUGGCCUGUGCCCGUAUCGGGGCGGUGCACACUGUGGUGUUUGCAGGCUUCAGUGCCGAAGCGCUAGCUGGCAGGAUCCAGGAUGCACAGUCUGAAACUGUGAUCACUACCAACCAGGCCGUGAGGGGUGGAAAGAUCAUCGAGCUGAAGAAAACAGUGGACGAAGCUGUGAAGAUGUGUCCUUCAGUCAGGCGUGUACUAGUGGCCAAGAGAACAGACAAUGAAGUCCCAAUGUCCAAUAUUGACAUUCCCCUUGAAGAGGAAAUGAAGAAAGAAGAAACAAUGUGUGAUGCUGUUGCCAUGGAGAGUGAGGAUAUGCUGUUCCUGUUGUACACAUCUGGGAGCACUGGGAUGCCCAAAGGCAUCGUGCACACACAAGCUGGCUACCUGCUCUACGCUUCAGUCACACACAGGUACGUGUUUGAUUACCGCGAUGGCGAUGUGUUUGGCUGUGUCGCAGACAUUGGAUGGAUAACCGGCCACAGUUACGCUGUGUAUGGGCCCCUGUGUAAUGGAGGAACCACUGUUCUGUUUGAGAGCACCCCUGUGUACCCCAACCCAGGCCGUUACUGGGAGAUGGUUGAAAGGAUGAAGAUCAACCAGUUCUACGGGGCACCUACCGCAAUCCGUCUGCUACUCAAGUACGGGGACGAGUGGGUGAAGUCACACGACCGGUCCUCGCUGAAAGUACUGGGCUCAGUUGGUGAACCUAUCAAUUCUGAGGCAUGGGACUGGUAUUACCGGGUAGUUGGAGACAGCAGAUGUCCAGUGAUGGAUACCUGGUGGCAGACAGAGACUGGUGGAAUCUGUAUUGCUCCCCACCCUGCCAAGAGAGACGCUGAGAUCGUCCCAGCCAUGGCCAUGAGGCCCUUCUUUGGAAUAGAUCCUGUCCUCAUGGAUGAGCAGGGUAGGAGGUUGACGGGCAACAAUAUCUCUGGCUCGCUAUGCAUCGCCCAGCCGUGGCCUGGGAUGGCCAGGACUAUCUACAACGACCACAACAGAUUUGUGAACACUUAUUUCAAGCCCUACCCCAACCACUUUUUCACAGGCGAUGGGGCGUACAGAUCUGCAAAAGGCUAUUACCAGAUCACGGGCAGGCUGGACGAUGUCAUUAACAUCAGCGGACACAGGCUGGGCACGGCUGAGAUUGAAGGCGCAGUGAACCAACACCUAGUUGUGGCUGAGUCUGCGGCAAUCGGAUGUGCUCAUGAGAUCAAGGGGGAAGCUUCCUAUGUCUUCAUUGUUCUAAAGGAUGGAGUUGACAUGUCUGAGCAGGUCAUCAGAGAGGAACUGAGAGAUAUCGUCUCCCGGAAGAUUGCGAAGUACGCUGCUCCUGACUUUAUCCAGAUUGUGAAGCGGCUGCCCAAGACCCGCUCGGGGAAGAUAAUGCGGCGAGUCCUGAGGAAGAUAGUGGAGUGUAAACUGGACGAGCUGGGAGACCUCACCACGCUGGAUGACCACACAGCUGUGCAGGAGAUUGUUGCUGGGCACAAGGAGAUGCUGAAGAACAGAGCUGAAGGAAAGGCUGGGUUUUAACUAACUGAGAAAUUUUUUUUAAUUUUUGUAAAACCACACUGGAGUGCAACAGAUUGUGGCUCCCCGCUGCCCUCUCCACACCCGGGCCUGGAUCGGUACUGUGAACACACUGCAUGCAGUGGACUGGACUGGACUGUCCUGAAAAUGGCCAAUUCUUUCCUCCUGAGGGAAUUUUGGGGAAGGAUUGGCCAGUUCAGUUUAUUGUCACUUGUCACAUGUACACUGCCAAAAGAAACGUUCCUCUGGGCCAAGGUACACAACACACUACAUAUAACUCACUCACAGUACUUGAUGAGACCUGAGUAGUGGCAGGGAGUUCAGUAAUCUCAUGGCUUGGGUGAAGAGGCUGUUUCCCAUCCUAACAGUCCUUGCCAUAAAGCUCCAGGAGCUCCUGCUUGAUGUGAGGGGGUCAGAGGUUUGUGAUGGAUGAGAGGGCUCAUUAACAAUGCUAAGGGCCCUGCAUUCACUGUGCUCCUGAUAAAUAUCUCUGAUGGGUGGAAGAGAGACCCUGAUGAUCCUCUCAGCAUUCCUCACAAUCCUUUGUCAGGACUUGUGGUCAGAUGCCUUGCAAUUCCUGUACUAGGUAGUUAGAACACUCUCGAUGAUGCUCCUGUAAAAAUUGGUUAAAAUGGGGAGGAAGGGGAGGGGCAGGAGUCUUGCUCACCUCCAUCUCCUCAGAAAGUGCAGAUGCUGCUGUACUUUCCUGACCAAAGAAGUGGUGUUGAAGGACCAGGUGAGAUCAUCCGCUAUGUGCACUUCCAGAAACUUGGUGCUCCUAACUCUCUCCACGGAGGAGCCGUUUAUGUCCAGUGAGGAGUGGCCAGCCUGCACUUUUCUAAAGUCCACAAUCAUCUCUUUGGUCUUGUCCACUUUGAGACUCAAGUUAAAACAUAGAAGCAUAGAAAAUAGGUGCAGGAGUAGGCCAUUCGGCCCUUCGAGCCUGCACCGCCAUUUAUUAUGAUCAUGGCUGAUCCUCCAACUCAGAACCCUGCCCCAGCCUUCCCUCCAUACCCCCUGACCCCUGUAGCCACAAGGGCCAUAUCCAACUCCCUCUUAAACAUAGCCAAUGAACUGGCCUCAACUGUUUCCUGUGGCAGAGAAUUCCACAGAUUCACCACUCUCUGUGUAAAGAAGUUUUUCCUAAUCUCGGUCCUAAAAGGCUUCCCCUCUAUCCUCAAACUGUGACCCCUCGUUCUGGACUUCCCCAACAUCGGGAACAACCUUCCUGCAUCUAGCCAGUCCAAUCCCUUUAGGAUUUUAUACGUUUCAAUCAGAUCCCCCCUCAAUCUUCUAAAUUCCAACGAGUACAAGCCCAGUUCAUCCAGUCUUUCUUCAUAUGAAAGUCCUGCCAUCCCAGGAAUCAAUCUGGUGAACCUUCUUUGUACUCCCUCUAUGGCAAAGAUGUCUUUCCUCAGAUUAGGGGACCAAAACUGCACACAAUACUCCAGGUGUGGUCUCACCAAGGCCUUGUACAACUGCAGUAGUACCUCCCUGCUCCUGUACUCGAAUCCUCUCGCUAUAAGUUGUUGUGUUUGCCCCAUUCUGCCAGCCGCCCCUCCUCCUCUCUGUACGCGGGAAGUUCGUCAUUGUUGAUGAGGCCAACCACUGUUGUGUCAUCAUCGGACCUGAUGAUUGGGCUUGAACAGGUUCUAGCAGUGCAGUGUGAACAGCAGCAGGCUGAGCAUACAGCUCUCGUGAGGGACAACGCUCAGCGUGAUGGAGCUAGAGGUGUUUCUGCCAACAUGGACUGACUGUGGCCUAUCUGUCAAGAAGUUCUGGAUCCAGUUACAGAGGUGUUGAGACCCAGCGAAGACUGUUUCUGAGGGAUGAUCCCAUUACAUGCCGAGCUGAAGUCAGUGAACAGUAUCCUGGCAUAUGAAGCACCGUUUUUGGGUGGGACAGGACAGAAUGGCGUGCAGAAGCAAUGACAUCAUUAUUGGACUGAUUUGAGUGAUAAGCGAACUGGAAAGGUACAACGUCGCAGGAAGAUGGGAUUUAAUAUGAUCCAUAAUCAGCCGCUCAAAGCACUCCAUUGUUGUUGAGGACAGUAGUUACUGUCACCCUCGUGGGUACUGGGGUGAUGGUGGCUGCCUUGAAGCCUGAGGGGUCAGUGGACUGUUCCAGAAAGAUUUUGAAGGUGUCUAUUACAGCCUCAGUUAGCUGGACUGCACAGUCCCUCAGCACCCGACCAAGUAUAUGUUAUCAGAUUUACAUGGGUUGACUCUGGCUAGGGUCUUCCUCAAUCAGCUGCAGCCAGACAGAGUGCUUGCGCUCUUCGGGGAAACAGAGGGCCAUCCUCGCAGACACAUAGCUCUGUACAUCAAACCAAAAGUAAACGGCAUUCAGCCUAUCUGGAAGAGAAAUGUUACUGUCCGAGACACGCAGAGUGAACUUAUAGUCUGUGCCCUCGCAGUUUAAGUCUUGGGUUCUUCAGAAUGUCUUAAACAGUCGGUGCCCCCCUAAAAGGAAGUUAGAUAUGGCCCUUGUGGCUACAGGGGUCAGGGGGUAUGGAGGGAAGGCUGGGUUCUGAGUUGGAUGAUCAGCCAUGAUCAUAAUAAAUGGCGGUGCAGGCUCGAAGGGCCGAAUGGCCUACUCCUGCACCUAUUUUCUAUGUUUCUAUGUUUCUAAACCUCUGGAGGGAAUAUCUUGCUACAAGAUUUUACACAGACCUUUAAAUAUUGAAUCUGGUGCGCCACAGUUUAAGGAAAAAGGGAAAAGAAGAUUUCCCACAGGUCCAUCUUCAGUGUAAACAGUCUAGAGUUAAGUACACAGCCCUGUACCUGCUUUUGGGAUGGAACAAGAGAGCGGCCAGAACAGCAAUUAAAGGAAAAAUACAUUUAUAAAGGACUUAAAAUGAUUAGCAACAUUGAAUGGUGAAGGCAAGCAAGUAUCGAGUCCUGACUCCAGCACAAAACUUAUCCAUCACUGCUUCAAUUAUUCUGGCAUUGGAGAAGGUCCAGAGUAGGUUCAUGAGAAUGAUCCUGGCAAUGAAAGGGUUAACAUUUGAGGAGCAUUGUUGGCUCUGGGCCUGUACUCACGAGAUUUUUAGAAGAAUGAGGAGGGGGAGAUUUCAUUGAAACCUAUCAAAUAGUCAAAGAUUUGGAUAGAAUGGAGGUGGCAAGGAUGUUUCCUAUCGUGGGUGAGCCUAGGACCAGAGGGCACAGCCUCAGCAUAGAGGGGUGUCCAUUUAGAACGGAGAUGAGGAGGAAUUUCUUUCACCAGAGGGUGGUGAAUCUGUGGAAUUCAUGGCCUCCACAGACUGCCGUGGCGACAAAGUCAUUGGGUAUACUUAAAGCAGAGGUUGAUAUGUUCUUGAUUAGUCAGACCAUCAAAGAUCAUUGGGAGAAGGCAAAGAAUGGGGUUGAGAGAGAUAAUAAAUCAUCCAUGAUGGAAUGGUGAAGCAGACUCCAUGGGCCUAAUGACCUAAUUCUGCUCCUGUGUCUUAUAGAGAACAAAAAGAAGCCCUUUGCCCAGGAACUCCAUGUAAUUGCAACUGGACACUGGUCAAACCACCUCAUUAUCUGCACAAGUACUGCUUUGACUAAAUAAAACAAGAUGGAUGACAACAAAAGCAGAAAGUGCAGAAACACUCAGCGGGACGUGUUGCACCUUGUCAGUUCCUUACAUUGAUCUCUUUGCAUCAGCUCUCUACUUCAAUGAAGCUUUCUUGAAGUGACGGGCUCUCUCUCCCCUCACACUGAGGCUCACUGUGUGGGUUUGGUGGAGAGGGGCAGUCUGUGGGUUAGUGCAUCCAGUACCUGAGAAUGAGUUGACAUGGGCACUGGUUCAUCUGAUCCUUCUGCUACGUGGACCGGGCAGAAGAUGAGCUGGCUGCUCAGAUUUUGUUCAUUUACUUGUGAAGUUCCCAGUCAUUGCAUAUAGGAAGGGUCCCAGCCCACAUGUUUAUUUCCCUCCAUCGAUGGGAGGCUGAUCUGUUGAGUUCCUCCUGCAUUUUGUGUGAGAUUUUUUUUUUGAGAUCAGUGGUGUUCUGGACACUAAGUGGAUUGGGCUUAGUGGAGAUGGAUGGUACCAGGUAGUCCAGGAUCUUCUUGAGAACUAGUUCACAGCGAGAAAAGCCUGGAGUCACGUUGACCUUAAGCACAAGGAGACUGGCGGAGGCCUCUGGCGCACCCAAUGCUCCAUUGUUGGUUGUAAGUACGCUCAACAAUAAUGAUCAGGUGGGCAUAGAGAGAAUCUGUAUUAAUUGACAAAUACCAUGUUUGGUUCAGUUAACAAACACUCAAAUCAUACCAAACUGAAUUAUCUGUGCACGCACCUGCUAGGUUUCUCUGACCCUCCGUGAACAGUCAGAAUAGAAAACAUGAUCCCUGGGAAUAGGAAUUUACACUGGCCAAAUGUUCCUCUGGAUCCUGACGUAAUCUCCACGUUUCUGACAUGGGGUCAUGCACUUGCGCGAUGGUUGGUCUCAAAACUUCUUGUUGCUUCUCCUGAAAUUCUCCAUUCUUACUCGAUCGAACUGUUGUGUUUCAAUUUCAUUGGCUCAGGCCCAGCUGACUGGUUGCUGUCAGCUUGUCACUGGAUUUGCCCAAGGCUACAAAGAACAUUGUUGCCUUCAUGCCACUUUCUUUGCUCUCUCAGACCACUUCCACCCAGUUUAGCCAGGUCAGCCAAAUACUGGGCUCAGGUUACCUCAGGCCAUAGGCUGUCCUUUCUACAAGCCUACCAUUGCUACCUAACCAAAUAGACAAUUUCCAGUGGGAAAUGAUCUCUAGUUUACACAACCACACCAGCAGUAAACGGAUUGCUUUCAAUUGCUCUGAUCAAGCCAUCUCUGAGCAAGAACCAGUUCACAAAAUUGGUGGCUGCAGGGACAGUCCACAAAAUGGCACCUUCCUUCAACCACAUGGCAAGAACAAAGGCCUUUGGUUUGCCUACUUCCACUGUCCUUGGUUCAUUCCAGUUAGAUGUUUUGCAGAUCUUAAUUCUUUCCAGCCAACACCAUCCCCAUGGAAUCAUCUAAACUUCCAGCUGGGUUGGGCUGGAGUGAGUAGAGGGCGGAUGGUUCUCCUGAAAACAGUCUCACUCUUGGGAUAUGGAGUGAGAUGCUCAGGAGAUCAUGGAAACUCAGGAACUCAGGAAAAGUGAAGUUUGAAACGUAUCCACAUUACAACUGAGGAGGUGCUGGUGGACUUAAAGUGUUUAAAGGUGGAUAAAUCCCUGGGGCUUGACCAAGCCUGUCUUAGAACAUUGUGGGAAGCUAGGAAAUAAAUUGAUGGGGCUUUGGCAAAUUUACAGCACUGUGCAAAAGUCUUGGGUACAUAUAUAUAACUAGGGUGCUUAAGACUUUUGCACAGUAAUGUGAUAAUUUUAUGUAUUGCACUGUACUGCUGCCACAAAAAAUUAUGAUGUGAAUGACGAUAAACUUGAUUGUGAUAUGGGUCUCUAUUAUGUACUGAGAGUGGGAAGGAGGCAGGGCGAGGGGAGAUGGUGGGAAGCACCAAAGAGACAUCUGUAAUGAUCAAUAAAUCAACUGUUUGCAAUCAAAUGACCUUGUCUGGUGUUUC